AUGGGUUAUAAGCUUCAAAAUAUCAUAGAAAUUGGCCUUGAUCUUAAUGACCUUAGUGGAGCUAUUCCAAGUUAUAUCUCCAAUUGUUCUAAACUAGAAGUCUUAAACCUCGAAAUCAACAGUUUUAGUGGCCCAAUUCCCAACUCUUUGGGAGAAUUACAAUUUUUGGAACAAUUGUUGAUAUUCAAUAACAGGUUGACAAGCGAAUCCUCUUCUACAGGGAUCAAUUUUAUGACUUCAUUGGCAAAUUGUAGAUACUUGAGAAAACUAGCGAUAUCUAAUAAUCCUCUGAAUAUUGUCCUACCAAGUUCCUUUGGUAAUCUCUCCAACUCCCUUGAGAUCUUUAUUGCAUUUGGUUGUAAUAUAAUGGGCAAAAUUUCAAACGAAGUUGGUAAUUUAAGUAGUCUCAUGGGACUAGACUUAUCCCAAAAUGAAUUGACCGGAGUUGUUCCCAGAGGUAUAAGAAGUCUAAACCAACUUCAAAGGUUGAACCUUGCAAACAAUAAACUAAGUGGGUGUUUGCCGAAUAGCAUUUGUAAUUUGAAAUACUUGGAUAGUUUGUAUUUAAGUGAAAAUCAUAUUUGGGGUUCUAUUCCUGAGUGCAUGGGGAAUGCUACUUCUCUAAGAGAGAUCUAUCUACCUUCUAACAGAUUGAGUUUUAACAUACCAUCAAGCCUCUGGAAUCUUAAGGACGUCUUGAAACUCGACUUGUCUUCAAAUUUCUUGAAUGGCUCUUUACAUCCAGAGAUUGCAAACAUGAAAGUUGCAAUAUACAUCAAUCUAUCAAGGAAUCAUUUUUCUGGCUAUAUUCCAACUACCAUUGGAGGUUUGCAAAGUUUGAUAAACUUUUCCUUAGCUAAUAAUCUUCUACAAGGAUCUAUCCCUGAUUCUUUUGGAAGCAUGAUUAGUUUGGAAUACUUGGAUUUGUCAAAUAACAAUCUAACAGGAGGGAUUCCAAGGUCCUUAGAGAAGCUCCACUAUCUCAAAGGUUUCAAUGUAUCUUUCAAUAGGUUAAGUGGAGAAAUCCCCAACAAAGGCCAAUUUGUAAAUUUCACUUAUCAAUCUUUUUUGUCCAAUGAAGAAUUAUGUGGUUCUCCCAGGCUAAAUGUUCCACCUUGCAAUGUUUAUUCUAAUUCUCAUCCAUUAAUAAGGAGAGCACUUCGGAUUGUAUUCAUCUCUGCGGCGAUGUUGAUAGUGGGAAUCUCAAUGAUUAUACUUUUAUUUUGGAAAUGCAAAAGUAAAAUUGUCAUAGCUAAUGAGGUUAACUUUUUACAAGAAAUAGUGCCAUUGAGAAUUUCAUACUAUGAACUUCAGAGAGCAACUCAAGGAUUUAGUCAUAAUAACUUGUUAGGGGCCGGAACCUUCGGUUCUGUUUACAAGGGCACAUUUGGAAAUGGGUUACUCUUUGCUGUCAAGGUCUUUAAUUUGCAAGUUGAAGAUGCAUUUAAGAGUUUUUCUACUGAAUGUGAAGUUUUGCGCAAUCUCCGUCAUAGAAAUCUCACGAAGGUGAUAAGUGCUUGCUCUAACACGAAUUUUAAAGCACUCAUACUUCAGUACAUGCCGAACGGUAGUCUAGACAAUUGGUUGUACUCUGACCAGCAAUCUUUGCACAUCAUGCAAAGACUAAACAUCAUGAUUGAUGUGGCAUGUGCAUUAGAGUAUUUGCACCAUGGUUACUCAAGUCCAAUUGCUCAUUGUGAUUUAAAGCCAACUAAUGUUUUAAUUGAUGAAGAUAUGGUGGGACAUGUAAGUGACUUUGGCAUUGCGAAGUUACUUGGAGACGAUGAAUCGGUUGCUUAUACCAUAACCAUGGCCACAAUUGGAUACAUUGCCCCAGAGUAUGGAUCAAGUGGGAUGGUCUCCACAAAAUGUGAUAUUUACAGUUACGGCAUAAUGUUAAUGGAAGUGUUUACCAAGAGGAAGCCAAAUGAUGAAAUGUUCACCGGAGACCUUAGUCUAAGGAGUUGGGUUUCUAAUUCACUUUCUCAUACUCUUGAAGAAAUUGUGGACCCAACUUUAAUGAGGCUCGAAGAAUUGAAAUUUAGACAAAAAUUGCAAUGCAUAUCAUCUAUUUUGGAGUUGGCUUUGAGUUGCACAACCGAGUCUCCUGAGGAGAGGAUGGAUGUUCAAACUGUCAUGGCAAAACUAAACAAGAUCAAACGUGAAUGCCUCACAAUUUUCUAAAAUUUGCGGUAUAUAUGCUACUCACAUUUGUUUAUUAAAUUAAGUGCUUUCAAUGUAUAUGGACUAAUAGCGUUAGUUUAUUUUUGCACGUGGGAGGAGGCAAAUUAUUCUGUGGACUCGGGUCCUCCUUGCAAUGUGGACUUCAUGAGUUUUGAAUGAUGAUGUUGUUCUGACUUAGAUACACAAUUUACAUACUAUAUGUUCACAAUUUAUCUCUUAA